UACUGUUUUCAAAUCUUUGUGUACUCCAGCUAUCACAGGAUGUGUGUUUUGCCUCUCAUGUUUUAUUGAAAAUACAUUUUUUUUUUUCUUAUUCUACAAUCUGCAGUGUUUCCUGUGGCUGACUGUGUUUCACAGUUGGUUUCUGGACUCUGCAUUUCUCUCAGUCAUAUUUUUAUCCAUACUUAAAAAACAAUGGGUAAUCUGAGUUUUAAGGAAGUUAUAUAAUUUGUAACUUAGAUGUUUCUUAGUUACAAAUUAUGUAACUUCUGUAACAUGAGAAAAUAGAAUCAAGAUCUUUGCACUGAAUUUUGAGAUUCCCAGAUUCAUUAAAAAAUAAAUAUUUCCUAAAUGCUUAUAAUAUAUCCUUGAUGUAGUAAGUAAAAAUAAAUAUCAGCUAUUAAUUAUGAAUAAGAAUAAAAACAUCAUUGUUUCUGUUGAGUCUGUGAUGAGAUAUGGGGCAUAGUAGGUGAUCAAUAAAAAUGUUUUAUUGAUGAAGUAGUCAAAGAAUAACACCACAUAAGCAAAAAAGCUAUUCCCCGGCACUCGAAUAUUUCCUUGUUUGAUCGUAAAAUGUAUUACAGAAUUAAAUGUGGAGGUUGGGGGAAGGUGAAGACAAUAAUCUUACCUAUAUUUUAUCUUCCCUUUUUCUUACUCUAUGAAAACACACAAAUUUUAAGCUAUUUAAUGAUCAUAUGAGACUGGUCAUGCUAAUGUUGAACCAAACAGACUUGACCCCAGCCUUAUUCAUUCUGAAUGGAGUCCCAGGACUAGAAGACAUGCACAUCUGGAUUUCCUUCCCAUUCUGCUCUAUGUAUGUUGUAGCUAUGGUAGGCAAUUGUGGACUCCUGUAUCUCAUUUGCUGUGAAGACUCCCUGCACAGGCCUAUGUAUUACUUCUUGGCAAUGCUUUCUUUAACUGACCUUGUCAUUUGCUCCAGUACAAUCCCUAAGGCCCUCAGCAUUUUUUGGUUUCAUCUCAAGGAAAUUGGCUUUGAUGAAUGCCUGGUCCAGAUGUUCUUCACCCACACCUUCACAGGGAUGGAAUCUGGGGUGCUCAUGCUUAUGGCCCUGGACCGCUAUGUGGCUAUCUGCUACCCUCUGCGCUACUCAACAAUCCUCACCAAUUCUGUCAUUGCAAAGGUUGGGUUGACCACUUUUCUGAGAGGUGUGAUACUCAUCAUUCCCUUCACUUUUCUCACCAAGCGCCUACCCUAUUGCAAAGGCAACAUCAUUCCCCAUACCUACUGUGACCACAUGUCUGUGGCCAAGUUAUCCUGUGGAAAUGUCAAGGUCAAUGCCAUCUAUGGCCUGAUAGUGGCCCUCCUGAUUGGGGGUUUUGACAUCUUGUGCAUCACAAUCUCCUAUACCAUGAUCCUUCGGGCAGUGGUCAGCCUCUCUUCAGCAGAUGCUCAACAGAAGGCCUUUAGCACCUGCACUGCCCACAUCUUUGCCAUUGUUUUCUCCUACAGUCCAGCUUUCUUCUCUUUCUUUUCCCAUCGUUUUGGGGGCCACAUAAUCCCUCCAUCUUGCCACAUCAUUGUGGCCAAUAUUUAUCUGCUCCUGCCUCCUACUAUGAACCCUAUUGUCUAUGGGGUGAAAACCAAGCAGAUACGAGACUGUGUCCUAAGGAUUCUUUCAGGUUCUAAGGACACAAAACCCCAGAGCAUAUGA